UGACGUUCCAAAGUUACAACACUUCAAUAUCUUCCAGGGUACAGCAGUUACCCUGCAGACCAAUAUUGUGCCAGGUAAUUGGCGAAGUCUUAUGGCCGUGCGCAACCCGCGUCUUCUUCAGUUGUGCACGGCGUCUUGACGUCCUGACGUCACGACGCUGCACCGCGCUGAUGUAGUCGAAUGAGAGCCGCAGAGCAGUUCAGGUGUGAUUAUGGUGUGGUACUGCACAUUCGUCUGGCUAUUCAGCCUGGGAUUUCGGGUUGAAGGCAAGGAACCUCCAAUAGUGAACAUCCCAGGCCAGGGACCAAUUUCUGGGAAGGAAGUCUCGUUGUCGAGGUCGCAGAAGGCAAACGUUUAUCUCGGAAUUCCAUUUGCACAACCGCCCAAAAGCCCACGGCUUAAGCCGCCGGUUGUGGAUCCCCUUCCCAGUUGGACUGAAGUGAGAAACUCGUCAUCAUUCGCCCCGGCUUGUCCACAGGACAGAGACGCACUGAGGGAGCAUGAGUACAUCUUGAGCCAACUUAUGUCCGAGCAGAUAGAAGCGUUAGAAUUCAGCGAAGACUGCCUGUACCUAAACGUCUUUGUUCCCGACGGACCUGUCCCAGCAGAGAAAUGGCCUGUUGUGGUGUCGUUUCAUCCUGGGAACUUCAGCGUAGGAACCACAGCUUUAUGGGACGGCUCAGCGCUCGCUGUGAGGCAAAAGGUGAUUGUGGUAACACCUGCGUACCGCCUCAACAUCCUGGGCUUCUUCGCUUUGGAUCCUGAGUUUUCACCUGGGAAUUAUGGACUGUUAGAUCAGGUGGCAGCACUGCAGUGGGUUAAUGACAAGAUCGGUGAAUUUGGAGGUUCACAAAAUGACAUCUGCAUCAUGGGACAUGGUGCAGGGGGCACGAGUGUUGGUCUGCAUAUGGUGUCACCAUUAUCAGAAGGAAAAUUUAAUCGAGCAAUUGCUAUGAGCGGUAGUGCAUUCAGCAAUUUAGUAGGAAAAAUCCCCGAUAUUCAAGUGUACAAAGAUAUAAAAUCCUUUGCCUGUGAAGACAGUAAAAGUAAUAAAGACCUUAUAGAGUGCAUAAGAAACCUUGAGGCCUUGCCUUUGGUUAAAUACUCGUGGAAUAGGCACCCAUGGGGACCUGUGGUGGAUGUCGGCGACGCUUUCUUACCCAGGGAUCCAGUGGACUUCUUUGAUACACAAAAAUAUCACAAGGUCGACUUCUUGACCGGAUAUACAGACAUGGAGGAUGCACUGAAAAUUCAUGGAACGGUUCCGAAAUCCGAAAAGGGAGUCUCUUAUGAAGUCUUUAAAGAUCUCAUUCAGGCUGAAACUCAGGAUCAAUAUGAAGACGAAAAUUUGGGAGAAGCCGUUGAUCCCAACGACACUUGCACCAUCAAUGUAGACCACUUACUGGCCACGAUUCUCUUCUACUACACCCCUUAUCCGUCAUCACUAGAACCGGAAGUGAAUCUUCAGAAGUACGUGGAGUACACUACGGAGAAGAGAUAUGGUGCUGACAUCUACAAACAAGCACGAUUAGUCAGCAAAUCUAGCAAGACAUAUGUAUAUCGUUUUGACUACAAACCAAAAAAGAGCCCAAUUGCAGAUUUACCGGAGUGGAUACGUGUUCCCCAUGGUUUUGAACUACCAUUCUUUUGGGGGAUGCCUUACUGGCCAUCUCUGCCCCAGAUCUCGUGGAACACUGCUGACCGCAAGGUUGCCGAUAUCGUAAUGUCAUUGUGGACCAACUUUGUGAAAAAUGGCAACCCAGCUCAAACGGGUGUCAAAUGGGAUGCAUUCGAGGAGACUGCUCCAAGCGUCAUGAUCAUUGACCGUAAUUUCAACAUGAGCGAUCCUUCAACUUUUGAUCAUAAGGCAUUUGCCUUUUGGGUUGAUUAUUUCCCGAAAGUUGUUGAUGCUACUCAGUGCUGCAAUAUAACUCAGAAUGGUUUUAGAAUUCACAGCAACCCAAAUUUGGUUUGGGUUUUGACAGCACUUGCUGGCGUGCGUUUCAUUUUAGCAAGAUAAUAUUUGACACCGUAAAUAUUCUACUGUAGAACUGGCUCAAGAUACACAAAAUGAGUCGACUCUGGUAAGAGUAAAAUGCUUAAUCCAUGGUACACAGUGAAUGACGUAGUGUGUACUUAAUCGCCAUUUUGCCUGCAAAUAUAAAUUCUUUAAGUCAAUUAGAGAAAAAUAAAAUUCUAAGACUUGAAGUUUUCGCGGCGGUGACUGUGAAGAAAGCCGUCUUCUGGG